AUGCAGCAUCUCAUAUACCUUGCAAAAGUGGCCGCAGAGAAUAGGGAUACAUCCCAAGCUAUUGUAUCUUCUGAACCACAAGAUGCUGUGGAUGAGCACCAACAGAUCCAAUCUACAAUUAAUGGGCCUGAACCUCCUGUGGUGAUAUCGACUCGAAUGGAGACUAUCUGGAAGGAUUGUGCUCACCAAGCGGAUGUUAUUGAUAACGCCCUUCAGAGUAUGAUGCGGGAGAUCAAAGGUAGAGGAUUGAUUGGAAAAUGGAGGCAGCUCAGCUUGGGUGAACGAGUGUACAGCAUUGAAAAAGCCCUUGGUGAAUUGGAAAGAUCCAAAACGACACUUGGGUUAUGGCUAGGGAACGAGUCCCUGUAUCGAUUGGGACGUAUGCACCACGAAUUAGCAAUGAUGCAAACUCAAAUUGUGAAAUCUGAGCGAACGUUAUCUCGUAUGUUCGAAGAAUAUCACAAGAAGACUGAGAAUGGAGUCUUGCCCAUGAUUCAGCCAACACUAGCAAACGGGUCCCCAGAUACUGAUACAUGCGACAAACAGACUAAAAACAUGGAUUUUAGGAAUGAUCGGGAGGGCGCUCAGCGUGUUCGUGCCGUAGUCAACAAACCAGGAUCGGAAGUUAUGCAAAGAUCUUCGGCUACAGGUCAAGGAGGAAGUAGUAUGGAUUAUUCGAGUUCUCCCUGGCCUAAUCCCAUGAAAGUUGAGUGGAGUAAAACCGUCACUGUCGCAGGCAACACUAUCGUGCUUCAACUUGGAAGUCAUGGAAAAAAGUCUAUCACAUUCGCCAACAAAGAUGCCAAAAACAUGUUUCUCAAUGUUUACAUGCGAUUGCGAAUGGCCUGGAUUUCUAAUUUGGUGGAGUUGAACUUUUCGCUUCAGCAUUAUCCAGGCGCUCCGUCAGUACAAGCCUCGCUCAGAACUCUUAUACGAGUCAAGAGCUUACCGCUAGAGAGGUUUUUCUGGGGUAUUUACGCUAAACCCUGGACAAGAGCUUGCCCAAUCCCGACCCAAGAAGAGCAACUUCAUCUGUUCUCUGUUGCGCGAAAGUUAUUGCUGGAAAAAUUCUAUGCUGGCGACGCUUUCCCGAAUGCCAUCAACGCAGAUGGCUUCACACUGCUGCAUCUUCAAGCCGCGCUAUACAGUCCAGGAUACGAAACACUUUUCACCAAGAUGACUGACUUCCUGCUAUCGACACGCGUUGAUACUGAUAUGGUAGAUAAGUAUUUCAGAACUGCACAGAAUAUACUGUGCGAUAGACUUCUACAUUCUAAAGAGGGUACCUCACACACUGUUGUUGCUGAAUCUCGGUUAAAAUGGACUGGUUUUGUAGGAAAUAAAGUCAUUAACAGAAGAAUAACCUUGACGGCGUCAGAAGUCCUCCGACUUAUUCGGUACUGGCCAGAGGCAAUUCCCGAUACAGAAUAUGAUCAGAUAUGCGAUAUUGUAUUGCGAAAGUCUAUAGACGAUCUGCAAAACUUACGAAGCUGGAAAGAGACAUCAAUCUCUCCACUACAUUUCGCAGCCGCAGCUUCAUGGCCUGCAGGAGUCAGGGCGUUGAUUUCUAUGGGCUACUCAAGAUUUCAAGUCGAUGCCAUCGGAGAAUCUCCUCUCGACAUUGCGGUUGACGUUGGAUGUAUUUCUUCUGUCGAGGCUCUUUUAAAAGGCGACUGCCUGGGACUUUUAGGGCCUUAUAUGCAAAAUAGGGAUACGAUUCUACCACUGGCAUUCCUGAAAGCAGCAGCAAGCAAUGACUCCCGGCUACAUGAUAUUAUCGUUGAAUGUUUAUUGCGGCAUAAUUUCCUCUUACCAAGGUUACUUCCAUAUCACGACUUGGCGAGUCGACUGCGAGAACAUGAUGUUAUCAAUUUCGCCGAGAAACUUUUCAUCUCCGGCUUCCAGGAUAUUGAAGCUUAUGACAGGUUCGGAUAUACACCGUUAAUGAUCGCCUGUGUCCGUGGAGACAUAAAGAUGGCAUCAUUUUUAUUGCACCACGGGGCCGACCCUAUGAAAUUCCACGAACAUGCUAGACUCAGAGCAGGUCAUUUUCUCUGUUAUGCAGGACAAUUUAACAUGCGAAAGUCUCAUUAUUCUUCAUAUUUCGUAACGGAAAAUGGUUUCAGAUCCAGAGAUGAUGAGAAACGACUACUUGAAGCUGCAUUCGAUACUUCAAUUGAUAUAGGAUCCCGUUGCCGCUGCUCUCCGGAUAGCUUUACUCCUAUCACAUUUCUGUUUAGAAAUUUUGGUCAGACAAGUACCUACCAUCUGAAAAAGAGCUUCCAAAUGAUGCUUCGCAACUUAGACUGCUCUCCUGCCGACAUAAAGAGGUAUUGGCGUGCCUUUGUUGUGUGUGAAACGUUCAAUCGCCUUGGGAUGACUCAUACUUGUCUCACGAUGCUCCCCAUGGUCCUACCCUUUCCUGAUAAUAGGAGGAUUGAAAUUGAAGACGAAGAAGAAGAGCUUUUUUUCCAGCUGGAAGAAGUAGUUGCUCGAUUUGAUCUAUUUUCGGAGAAUAGGCAAGACGAUCUUUCGAAUUGCAUGGACGAAUUUUUUGACGACCUUGACCUCGAUCUUGGACCGAAAGAUCCAUUCGUAGAGUACCCUUCGUGGAGUCAUGCAUUUGAUGACUGCCUUGGACCGGGAGAAUACUUACCUGCUAAUUGGUAUAUAUCUUCCAGGGGAAAACCAAUACAAUAUGGUUACAAAGAGAUCAUCAAGGAGGAAUCAAUGUUACGUUGGUUGUUCCCAUGA